CAAACUUAGUCAACUGCCACCUACUCUUUCCACAUCAGCAUCAGACCAUGCUGUCCUCUUUAUAGAGCCUUAUGAAGAGCAAUUACAGAUAGGAAUAAGGAACCGAAUACUAUAUACUGCUCUUAACAUGGCUCUUUCUCCCGAACCUGCGGAAGCGGUUUCGCUCCGUCGGAACGUGGUGUUUUCAUUUUGGGCCGUGUUUUUAUUUCUCGGACUUCCGCUCUGGUACCAAACCACCGCUAUCCACAGAACUCCACUACCCCUCUCCAAGGUCCCAAAACUGAACGCGCUGCUCGAAUCCGGACUGGGUCUGGCUGACCAUUCGUUACCGAUAGCCGUCAACCUCGACUCUUCAUGUGUCGCUGACGCCGGCACUGUCGCAGCAGUAAACGAGCGACUUGGGCAGAGCUUACUAAAAAGCAGCGGAGAUCGAAACCCGGCGUUCACUAUCAAGGUAAGAGACAAAGCUAGCGACGAACAAGCCCACGCCGCGGUAGAGACAGCUUACGAAGCGGACUGUACCUGGACCAAAAAGACUCCCCUGCCAAAGACGCGCAUCUCGAAAACGGAUAAAAUAUCAAUCUACAUUCCCGAAGAUGGUGGUAAUCAGGUCGAUCGAAUCGUCGAGGGACUCGAGAGUAUAUUCAAGGCCGAUAUCUUGUUCUUCAAUCGCCAUCGUCUGGGAUCGGUUGAGGACGCUCCGGGAUCAAUCUUAGUGAAGGGAUCGCCUUACUCUGAGCAGGUUCACUUUUCGUUUACUCUCCUAGUCGCCUACGGACAGGAUUCUGAGCAAUCACUAGCGUCGCGCACAGACAGCGUUCUCGAUUCUCAGACCCAGAAAUCAUGGCGCUCCCAGAUAUCAGCUCUAGUUUCCAGUUUAGAAAACAGUGAACUCAGCAGAUAUCUGUCGUCGAUAACCUACGACUCUGACAUUGGAUUCCAGUACAUCUCAAAGUCCGACGCGGACAUGCUAGCCGGAUCGACGGUCACAGCAGACCAACUUUCUUCCCUCAUGGACUCAUUCGAACUCCAGCCUGUCACAUUCAAAUCAGAAGACUCAGCCGAAGUCGGGUUUUUCCAAUUCAUCUAUCUGCUCUUGCCAGACUCGGAAAAAACAACUCGCUCUCGUCCCAUGAGUUUCACAAUCGCAAACUGGGGUGGCGUCAUCUUAUCGCCUGCUCUGGAGAUCGCGUCCGCGACCAAGAUCUUUGAAAAGCAAAUCGACAAGCUUCUUUCGCCCGUAUCCUUCAUUCUCACCGACCCCACCACCGGCUCCACCAGCACGCUCCGACCUAUGCGGCACGAAUUCGCCCGCAUCGCAACAAUCACAAACCUGCGAGCUGCAAGCGACACGCUCUCGGCUCUCUCGCACCUCGUCACUUCGCUCAAGGAAAUGGCCGUUCCCCAGACCGUCCGCGAUCUAUUCGACAGCUCUUUUUUCGAAUGGCGCGAGUCAGUCGCCGUCCUUCACGGCCGGAGGAGGGGCGCGUAUAAUAAAGUCUCUGAACAGCUCAGCUUACGGCGCGCAGCGGCGGCGGCUAGGGUGGCGAAGAAGGCGGUGUUUGAGAAGAAUAUGAUGUUGAACAUGUUUGUUCCGUUUCAGCAUAAGGUCGCAGUGUAUUUACCGCUUCUGGGACCGGGGCUUGUGCCGUUGUUUAUUAGUUUGAAAAGGGUGCUGAAGGAGCGGAGGAAUCAGCAGUGAGUUUUGUAAUUAUAGAUCUUGCUUUGUGUAAGAAGGCAGUGAGUAAAUAUCGACAUAAAUACGAACACAAGCCAGCAAGACAGGGGAACGGAGCGGGUGCUGCAGGUAACCGUAGAUAGAUCAACGACAGCGUUGACAUAUACAGGCACCACAGAAAUACUGAAUUCCUACAA